AUGGACGAUGCUGAGCUAGAUCUCAUGAAUACCGAGCAGGAUGACCCUCUUCUGCAGACGGACGAGGAGGAGGUCGUCGAGUCCAUGUCGAAUUCCGGGGAACCCGUCACCGUGAGAAGGAAGAUAAACCAGACUAAAUUCAUCGUCAUAUGCAUUGCCGUGCUGUUUGUGCUUGAUUUUGCGGCAUUCUUCGAUCUCAUACCGCAGACUCGCAUCUUUGAACUGAUUGUCUGUCGGAAUUAUUUUGAUAAACACCAUCCAGACCGGUUCCCAUAUCCCCAGGACAUACCAGAGUCGGAAUGCAAGACAAACGCCGUACAGAGUCAGGUGGCUUAUAUACAAGCUAUAGGCGCUAGCUUUGAUGCGCUUCCAAGCAUAAUUCUACUUCUUCCCUAUGGCCUAUUGGCCGACAACCCUAGGUAUGGUCGCAGGUUUGUCUUGCGGCUGAGUAUGGCUGGUAUCCUAUUAGGCGCAUACUGGGCUUUGUUCGUGUGCUCGUUCUACCGAUAUGUACCCCUUCAAGCAAUAUGGAUCGGGGGUUUCUUCGCCCUGAUCGGUGGAGGGCCUGGUGUAACGAAUGCAAUGGUCAUGACAAUGAUAUCUGAUGUCAUUGAUGAAGCAAAUCGGUCAGUCGAAACUGUUGCUAGGAAAUCUGCAGUGGUGGCUCAACUCCUUGCACCUGCUAUAGGGUCUGCCAUGAUGAUGAAGCUAGGCCCAUGGACACCUUAUUUCUUCGGCACGGCAUUCUUUACUGUCUGCUGUCUUUUGAUUUUACUGGUACCUGAAACUAUUCCUAUUCAAGUUUUGAAGCCUGGUGCGGCUCGUUCAGCACCAUCUGGAUUUGAUCAUGGUUCUGUUCGGGAGUCACUGGAGGCUCGUCGCCCCGUUUCUCGGUCUUCUCUCGCAUCGAAGAUGAAAGCACUUUUUGCAACCGCCUGGAAAGAAACCAAACUCAUUUUUAGCAACCGUACCGUGCUUCUCAUACUCUCUACUUUCCUUCUCUCAACGCUGGGACGAAAGCAAGUCGAUCUUCUAUUACUCUACGCCUCUACUCGAUAUGAGAUCACACUGUCCAAGGCCGGUUUUGUUCAUUCCUUCAUGGCCUGCGUCAGUAUCGUUCUCCUCUUGCUCGUCCUCCCGCUUACUUCAGGCUACCUAUCCAAAACCCUCAAGUUGCCCAGCAACGAAAAGGAUCUGUGGCUUUCAAAGAUAAGUAUCGUGCUUCUCACGAUUGGAAGCUUCGCCAUCGGCUUCUCGCCAACCUUCGUUUCGAUGAUCUGUGCAGUAGCAAUCUACACCCUAGGUUGCGGAUUCAAUGCAGUCUGCCUCAGCUUGAUCUCCGCCUUCGUCGACCCAAAGUACUCGGCAAGGCUAUACUCUGUCAUCUCACUCAUCAUCAUGAUGGGAACCCUCAUCGGUGGGCCGCUCCUGGCAGGUCUCUUCAAUCUGGGGCUGAAUCUCGGGUCGUCUGCAUGGGCCGGAUUGCCCUUCUUCGGCUCUGGGGUGAUCCAUAUAUUUGUCCUGCUGUCGGUUUGGCUUAUCCGACUGCCUUCUGUACAACUAGAGUAG